AUUCGAUAAAUCCUUCCCAAUCCCUGAAUGACACAAUUACACAGAUAGAAAGAAAGAAAGAAAGUACAAAGAAAGGAAUCUUUCGUUGAGGAAUGUCGCUGUUUUAUCGACAGCGACCUUUGGAACCGGUUUCCGCUAGGUUCGGCUCAGUGAUCGUGAGAAUGUAUUAAGGUUGUAUUCAUACAAGAAAGAUGAGACUAGCGUGCAUGGAUCGAGCAAGCAUUUAUCCGUUUUUAGAAUUCGCUGGUGAAAUAAGCGAGUUGAUGAUCACGAUGAAGAUUGCAGUGUUAUCAGUUCUUAUAAAAAAAAAUGGUCUUUGUUCUGCAGUUGAAUUAUUGAUUAAAACAUUUGUAAUGCUUCGCAGCAGACAUUGACCUACAUAUGUGUCAGAAUCAACCUGUUUACCUCUUAAAACUGUCAGCGUUGUUAUUAUACAAAAUGUUGGCCUUUAUUCUGCAGUUAGUGGACUAAUGAUGAUAACACAUCCACCGCUUCAAAGACAUAGGCCUAGGCUACACAUAUAUCAGAAUCAGACAUUUAUUGCAGAGUUACAACGGCAUUUACUCUCUUGCUUUCGUGAUAUUUCUUUCUUUUACACAAUAUCUUCACUUGUCCAAACCACCUUUAUACUUUGUUCGAUUUAUUUAUUCAUGUUCACAUAAAAUAGUUAAUUCGUACUACGCCCUUAUCGUAUCCUAGCCUUCCUCCUAUUCUCUCUGGAAGGUUGAACCAGCCGAACGCCCUCCAUGAUGUCAUGCCACAUAACUUAAUCGACCAAUUAAUCAGUAUUAUAAACUAACGUUCCUCUCACACUUUCUGCCCCCCCCCCCCUUUUUUUUUAUAGUUGAAGGAAAGAAAUUUCAUUUACUAUGAAAACUGAUAAGUCGAGGGAGAAAUACCAUUCUUUCACUAUCAGUCUGAAGCUGCAGUUGUUUAGCGUUACUUCCAUUAUACGGUAUCUCAGAUUUAGAAAUAUCAUUGCAGGAUGCUCAAGAAACAAAGCCUAGAGCUGCUAAGCUUAAUCUAACAACAAAAACAAGAUAAUGCAACUGUAUUCUAGCCCAGUUCAGUUAACUAUUCGUUUUCGUUACUCUGUUCCCUCGUUUCUCACUGGCAUUCAAAAUCUCCAGAAUUUACGGAGAAAUAUAUUUAUUUCGUAGUUGUUUCAAUAUAUAUAAAAUCUCAAGGGUAUACAAUAUUAGGAUAUAAAAGUAUUCGUGGAUUCGAAAUGAAAUCCAGCGUUGUGUUCUUCACUAAGAGGAUCGGUAGAAUUUGCUGCAGAUGCGUUUUUCGCCAUCAAAUGUAUUUUUACCACUACAUUCAAAAACCAAAAGAUAAGUUUUUGCUUAGAAGUAUAGUAUAAAUAAUAAUCAAUAAAUGAAAUUAAUUUUUCAAUCACCAAGCUGCACUGGAAGCGGUUAUUUACCAAAUGUAUUAAAAUAAACGCAUCAUUGACGCUGGAGCCUCGCGCUGUUACCAUGGAAACGGUGACGCUCAACGAUUGUUGACGCGAGCAGUCGGCAGAGGAAACAUUCAAAGCCAUAAACUACUACUUCCAGAGUUUCGUUUUCCAUCAAGUUGACUUCCAGAGACCCGACGAGAUGUCUCUCAACCUAAGUGACGACGACUUUGACGUCGCAGAGGACGACGUGCCCGACGAAGGGACGGAGAAGGAUGACAGCCAAGAGGAGGAAGCAGACGAAGCACUGAUGCUAUGCGAAGCCGAGGGAGGAGUAAUUGCCUCUAUGGCGUCGCUCCGUGUCACCGGCGGCCUGGGCCUACGCAAACCGGCAACGCCGACGGAAAAAUCCGAGAACGUCGUCUUAGAAGACAUCGGGACAUGGCAGGAAGUGGGCACCAUUAGCGUUCAAAUGUUGGCGGAGGCGAUGUCAGCUCAACAUCCGCAUCUUCCGCCUCUGACUCAUAGCAAUGCGUCUAACAUCUGUGCUCAUGUGGCCACGCUCUCCUUGCAGUUCAAAGGUCUGGGCAGCCUGGACUUCUUGUGGAUGUUCCAGAGCAUGACUCGGCUGGAACUGAGCAACAACUGCCUGAGUGUCGUGAGCGGCCUGGAGAAACUCGUCUCCUUAACCUGGUUGGAUCUUUCCUUCAACCAACUAACCAGCAUGGAUGGGCUCAAAGAACUGCGUAACUUAGAAGUCUUAGCUCUGCAUAACAACAGACUAGAGAAGUUGGAUCGCCUUGUUUUGCAAUCAUUGCCUCAUCUCGAAGUGCUAACUCUAGCUAACAACCUCUUGGAUGACAUCGAUGAAGUACGAAUGCUACGUUUAUUGGGGGAGCUGUCGAGCCUGUCUUUGUCUUCAAAUCCCCUGUGCGAUGAACGCUACCCCGAAUAUGUCUUGGCCCACCUACCGAAUUUGGCCUACCUAGACCAUCGUCGCCUCACCGCCGCUGAGCAUAGCUCGGCGCUUAGCGCUUAUAAAGAGAAGAUUGAGGUGGUGGAGGCAGAGGAAGCCAAGCUUCACGAACAAGACCGCAAGGACGCCGAGGACAAAAAGUCGCAGGAGGAACACCGCAAGGCGGGCGUCUUAGCCCUCAACGAUGGUUCUUUGUUUACCAGAAUGUUCCGCGGGGAUAAGGACAUGGGUGUCCUACUCCAGCUGCCGGGAGCUCAUGCUUUGAUGACAAAAUACCGAGAGCAGUUUAAUGCCGUUUGUCUGAGAGUAUUCAACUCGGGCCUCGCCCACCAAGUGGAGCGCCAGGAGGAGUUGAAUCUACUGCAGAAGGCCCUGAACAAGGCUAAGAACGAAGCGGAUGCUUAUGCCCGGGGGUUGGUGAAAACUUUGGAGUCCGAAGCGGACAGGAUACUGGCCGCGGCCCACGAAGUGAGGGCAGCCGAGGAGGCCAGUCUUGGGGACGACCAGGAGGAGCACGAAGCUCGAGUGGCCAAAACAGCGCACCUGCAGGAAGAGUUCGAGGGCUUAAUUGCAACCACUUACGACCUGCUCAUGGCCGAGAUCACUCUGACGGACCAAAUCAAGGUAGUCCUUUAUGUUUUUUUGGGAGGGGGGUUAUCCUUUAGACCUUAUGGCAUUAAAAGGAGGAAAGGGGGCCCAGCUUUCAUAGAAAACUAG